AAUUAUGCAUUUCUAUCUCUAUCUCUUUGAUAUAGUACAAAACCCUUUAUCAUAUUACUAUUCCUCUAUUCUUUCAUAAACAAACCCAAUCCAAAACCCUCUUCCUUCUUCUUCUUUCUUUUGCCGGCUUCCCCUAUCACAAAAAAAACUAACAAAAAAAAUGGGGAAAUCAAAUCAACAAGAAAUAGUAAUCCAAACCCCAAUUCCAAACAACAGUAACCCAAUUGAACUCAUACAAAUCAAAUACAAAGAAUUAGAAUAUGGCUUCAAAGGUUGGCUUGCCAGACAAUCUUUACCUGUUGAAGCCGCCGUUGUUACUCUCACCAGCGCCGCCCAAGGCGCCGCCAUGGGUGGCUUUAUGGGUACUAUCACAAAUGACAUGUCUUCUUCUUUUCCAGCUGCUCCACCACCUGGCGCCGCCGCUAAUCCUUCUGCCAUGGCUUCUUUCCAACAAGCUCAGGCUCUUGCAGGUGGACCCUUAAUACAAGCUCGCAAUUUUGCUGUUAUGACUGGUGUUAAUGCGGGGAUAUCAACUGUCAUGAAAAGACUUAGAGGCAAGGAAGACGUCCAAACAAGUAUGGUAGCAGCUUUUGGUUCAGGAGUUAUGUUUUCCUUGGUUAGUGGCAUGGGGGGUCCUAAUCAGGCGGCCAAUGUACUCUCAUCUGGUGUUUUCUUUGCACUCGUUCAGGGUGGGCUCUUUAAGGUAGGGGAAAAAUUCUCAAAGCCACCAGUUGAAGAUGUGAUGUACAUUGAAACUAAAUCCAUGUUGUCUAGCCUUGGUCUCCAGAACUACGAGAAAAACUUCAAAAAAGGCUUGUUAAAUGACAGUACUAUACCGCUGCUUACUGACAGUGCAUUGAGAGACGUAAACAUCCCUCCAGGUCCACGACUUGUGAUUCUUGAUCAUGUUGAAAGGAGCAAAGAGGUGAAGAAAGGUGGCAGGAGGACAUAGGAGUGAUCUAAUCGUAGGAUGCUUAUGAACAACAAGAUGAGGAAAAAUACGACAAGAGACUUGUGGUUUGGUAGCGAAUUCAUUUUUAUGUAAUAAGAUAUUGUUGCAUCAAAAGAUAUACAUGAGAAUAUGCUGGUCUUUUAUAUUAUGCAAAAGUUAUAUUUGUGUGUUCA